CCGUCUAUCUUUAUUUCUGAACCUUCAUAUCAGUAGCCGAUUAUGAUUAUUUUUGCUUUUUUUGGAGCUUUUCGAGAUCCAUGCAAACGAUCAGGAUGACUAAUAAGCUCGGCCCUAUCAAAUCGCACGUUAUUUGAUUAAAACGUUCUAUUUAUCAAUAUGUUGUUGAACCUGGCCCUGUUGGUUGAAAGGAACAGCCUGGUCACUAUUUGUGUAAAAGGCCUCCUUUGUUGAGAUAGGAAUAGAAGAUUACAUGCUCUAGGUGCUCUAUGUAACUAUCAAACAAAGGGAUUCCCUGAUAUAUAGGAUGAAAGCAGUGUAUCGCUCAACUCAUUAUUUAAUGAAGAGAUGCUCUUCCUCGUUACAUAGUACAAGGUUGGCACCAGCAACAUGCGAAAUGCUGCCAUUAUCCUCCGUACCAGUAGGAAGAUACAUUUACCCCUGAUACAGCCAGCGCUGUUCCCUGGAUAUUCAUUCCGCUAUGCUCAGGGGUCGUGCCUAAGCCAUCGUCAUGUGACCCGCCCCUUGCCCGGUGAGCAAAGUCGCCAAAUCUCCCCUGAAUAUCAAAAUAAAGCGUGAGAGCAUCGAUAGCUAAUUGCUAUAGACAACACCACGCCUAGAGGAUAAAUGACAACUGUGGACUAACUCGUGCCAGAUUGUCAUCAGAAACCACCUAUGCAUAAAACGCCUCUGCGACACGAACCCUAUGCGUGUUUCUACAGCGAGCUCCGGAGCCGAAAAAUGGCCUCAGGCUCCGCCAAUUGCAGUCUUCAUCCGCAAUUUGAAGCUCUUGCGUCUUGAUCUGCGUCCGGAUUGGCCCGGAAUUGUGCCAUCGACGCUGUCUGAUAACCAGAAUAAUCUGCGAAGACGAGUACAGGCGGUGGAAUGGACGUUGUUUUAUCUGUUCCAGCUAUGGGAUCCUGAGCUCACCAGAAACGUAUGAACUAUCGUGCCUGUCAGGAUUACUCCGUAGGAGAGUAUCAUCUAACAUUAAACCCAAAUUCAUAGAAGCUCCAACCUUUUUUCCCGCCACUUGAACCUCUGCAGUCGUCAAACCUUCGGGCUGCUCUCUUCCGAUCACUUUCGGAGCUGACCAAAAAUGGAACUCUGGGAAGGGAGAGAAUCUUGCGGAAAGCAAUGCUCGAAGAGUGCACUGGAGAGAAGUUUGAUGAAAUCCUAGCCGAGUUCUCUACGAUCGUCCUACGAAAAGUUGUAGCCUCAUCUCGUGAAUAUCGCACUGGAGCCCCUCCGUUGUCACUCCCUGUUAGCAAGCGUGGCCCUCCGAGUGAUACUCAAAACCUACUGCCGAUGAUCAUUGCAUACCGUGCAUCCUUACAUUCCAUGAUAGACCAGAAAAAUGAGUUGAAUUCGACAUGUCGAGACCUGAAGCAAUUUCUCCAUUUGAAAUCUAAUGAGCUAGCAAAUUCAAGACGCAUGCCCAAACCGUUAGCCUCAGAAUUGAGAUAUCAACAGCAAAUUCAAGACUCUAUCAACAGAUCAUGGCAUGGCGAUAUUAAUUGGGCCAACACAAUUUUGAAUGGAGAUCCACAGGCUGUCUCAGAACCAUUGCUUGAGAUGGACUUUUCGCAGGUGUGGUCCGGCAUGAAAAAGGUAGAGGUCAAAAAUGAUAUUGGGUCGCCAAAUCAUCCAGACCUGUUAGCGGAUUUGGAGGACCGCCUCUCAAAACAGAAAUCCCGGCUUCAAAAGUGGCGGAAAUUCAAAGAUUCACUAGAACUGGACAGUCUACGAACUCGGUUACAACGAUCAGAACACUCCAAGGAACCCGAAGUCAUGCCUCGAGAGCAAGACAGCACCAUAGAUCCGUUAGCCGAACAUGAUGAAAUGCAAAAGACACCCACACGUUCUGCUAACAUUGGUAUAAAUUCGAUGGUUCCUUCAGAGCAAGAGAUCUCUUAUAAUACCCCUGAUGCCUCCCCUAACCCAAAAACUAUGACUGAUACAAAGCCCGUCCAAAGGAAAGCUUCCGUGUCCCAUGAGGCCUCGGAAGCAACAAACUUAAUCAAACCAGGUAAUUCUGCAAAUAUAUCGACAGAGGACUUGCUCGCCAUGCAAUUAGGCGCCUUGUCUCUGGAAAAGGAUAACAACCCUGAAUUACCUGAGACUAACCCUAAAAUCGAUGACCACCCGAUUAUAGGUGAUAAAAGUGGUAUUCAGGACGAUGGAGCACAGCCUCAACACGACGAAGACCCUGCUUCUCGGGCUGCUACUCUGUUGGAGCGCACUAGACAGUCUAUGCUGUUUGUAUCUGCUGCGACUCCUCGUCCAUGGAAGCCAAUUCCAGAAAACUGCCGACAGUCCCAGCUACUUCUCCCCGGUGAUCCAUUCGAAACACCUGAGAAAAGAGCCGAAAAUAAGGAAAAACCUAACGCUGAAGCAACAGAUGAAGACCCAUAUAGUGACUACAUUGAUUAUGAUAGUGUGUUCAAAAGUAGACCGAAAGUCGCUGCAAGCCCUAUACCUUUUGAGUCGGCACAAUCAAAGACACCUGGUGAAGAGAACCAAGAGGAGGGCUGCAGCUUGAGUGAACUUGGACUUGAUAGUUCCCCUUUAGGAAAAGUGAAAACCCGGCCAAGGGCCCAAACUGCUAUUCGGCACCCGAUAUCACCCGAAGAUAAUGCAGAAACGACAUACUGAACCAGCGGUAAUUCAAGGAUUUACAUUCAUGGCGUCUGGAUGCGUACCGUCUAGCAUUGUUUUUAUGUAACUAUGAAAGAAUCUACCCGGUGCCCCUUGCCUGAUACCAUAGGCUCCCGA